AUGAAUAUUUCUGGCGGUAACUCGACUCCAGUUCUGGUGAGGGACAGUCUCCAAACUGCUAUACUGAAGAAUGUGAUCACAGUGGUUCUCUGUCUCUCCAUCAACUACAUUAAUGCUACUCUGGUGUACACCUUCAUAAGACAUGAGAUUUUCAAAAUUAAUUCCCGCUACAUCCUCUACAUUCACCUGGUCAUGAACGACAUCAUCUUAUUGACCAUUUUAACUCUCAUUCAGGUGUUGAGUUACAUCGUUUACACCCUCAAUGUGUCCCUAUGCAUUCUUCUGGUUCUGUUUGGUAUGGCAGCUAAUUUCAACAACCCGAUGACACUAGCAGUUAUGGCUCUUGAAUGUUACAUUGCUGUGUGCUACCCUCUGCAGCAUUCCCAAAUAUGUACAGUGAAAAACACCUACAUCGUCAUAGCCUUCAUUUGGUUGAUAAGUGGUUUUUACCUACUCCCAGAUAAAGAUAAAAUAUUUGAUGCAGUAUUAAUGGCUAUUGUGUGGCUGACUCUUUUCUACACAUAUUUGAGAAUACUUUUUACAGCCAAAGCAGCAGCAGCAGAUGCUCGAAAAGCCCGCAACACGGUCUUGCUUCAUAGUUUCCAGCUAAUGCUCUCAAUGCUCACAUAUUUGUAUUACAUUAUAUUUUUUGGGCUUCUGUCAUUGUUUCCAGAUAGUGCUCGGGAUAUACGCUUUGCAAUAACGAUCUUUAUUAGUAUCAUGCCACGACUCGUCAGUCCACUUGUGUAUGGACUCAGAGAUAAAAGUUUUCGAAAAUAUCUAAAGCAGCACAUGUUUUGUACAAAAGCAGUGGUGUAA